CUCCCAAACUCUGCUUGUUUACAUUAUCCAGUGCAGUGCAACAACCCGCAUUUUCUUCAUAUCUCGGAAGCUCGAUUUAUUCUUGAAUCUAGCAGAAAGUCUUUGAAUUAGUUUGGCUUCGCCAAACAUGUGGUUACCACCGAGGAACUUUAUUACUUUACACUAUGCAUACAUCAUCAUCUUUGGUAUUCUUGGGAUAGUGAUACUAUACCCGUUCGGUAACCUCACCGCGAUUGAUGCAUAUUUUAUGGGCGUCAGCGCAUCAACUGAGUCCGGCUUGAAUACUGUUGAUGUAAAAGCCAUGAAAACGUACCAGCAGCUCUUUCUCUAUUUUGCCCCCCUGUUGACGAAUCUGGGGUUCAUAAACAUGGGAGUCAUCUUAGUGCGACUUCGGUGGUUCCGACAGCGUUUUAAGGGACUAGAAGAGAAGAAAGCUGUCACUUCCAAGCUGAUUGCUGCGUCUUCUGGCAACAGCGAUUUACCUGCUACUUCCCCGUCCUCAUUGGAUUCGAAAAGCGGCCAGCGCGCUAUCAACACCAAUGAUGAGAGAAAGUCCACGACCCCCGUGCCAGUGACAAACAGCAACCCCGGAAACCCCCAUAUUACCUUCGCUCCUGAGCCAUACCGACCUACGGGACGGGAUGAUCUUGCAAGUGAUGAAGAAGAUGGAAUUCAAAUCAAGCCCGUCUCUUCGGCAGGCGAAGGUUAUCAUUCUCGACGUCGGCGCAAGUCUGACACCAGAAGCAUGAGUCGGGUGGCUUCGGUCGACCGGGCUGUGUCAUCAGUAUUCGUGCUGGGAAGCACAGCGAGUCGCGCAAGCCAUGAGAAAAUCGCAGCCCCGGAACCAAUUGAUCUUGUUUCACUAACCAGUGAGGAACUUGGAGGAACUGAGUACAAUGCACUGCGCGUUCUGCUGAAGUUGACAUGCGGCUACUUUUUCGGACUUCAUUUAUUCGGGGUUCUAUGCUUGCUGCCGUGGAUUCAUACUGCAAACCCAAAAUACAAGGAAUAUCUUGCUUCUCAGGGGCAAGAUAUAACAUGGUGGGCAUUUUACUCGGCUCAAACAAUGGUUAACAAUCUCGGCCUCACGCUCACCCCCGAUAGCAUGACCAGCUUCCGCGACGCAACUUGGCCUAUGCUCGUCAUGUCCUUUCUCGCUUUCGCCGGAAACACUUUCUACCCCGUCUUCCUGCGUCUCGUCAUUUGGAUCACAUACAAGCUCUCCCCCGCCACCUCGACACUUAAGGAAACGCUUCGCUUUCUCCUUGAUCAUCCAAGGCGAUGCUACACCCUGCUGUUCCCGAGCACAACUACUUGGGCUCUUGCUACAAUCCUAGUAACCCUUAACUUUAUUGACGUUCUUCUCAUCAUCACCCUCGAUCUUGACAAUCCGGAACUUACAGCUCUCUCUCCGGGCCCGCGCAUCCUAGCUGCAAUCUUCCAGGCUGCAUCGUCUCGUCACACGGGAACAGCGACUUUCAAUAUUGCCAACGUCAAUCCAGCCGUCCAGCUUAGUCUGCUGGUUAUGAUGUACAUUUCGGUCUUCCCUAUAGCUAUGAGCAUCCGUAUGAGCGGCACUUAUGAAGAGAGAUCUGUUGGUAUUUACGGAGCAGAGGAUACGAUCGAUGAGAGACGGGGAAGUAAGACAUACUUGAUCAGUCUGAUGAGAAAUCAGCUCAGUUUUGAUCUAUGGUAUAUCUUCCUGGGCGUGUUCUGCAUCUGCAUUGCGGAGAGUAAGAGAAUCAUGAGUAGGGAGGACUGGGCAUUCUCUAUUUUCUCCAUCCUCUUCGAAGUUGUUUCUGCUUACGCAAAUGUCGGCUUAUCUCUGGGCUACCCAACGAACCUGACCUCUUUGAGCGGCCAUUUCUCUACUUUCAGCAAAGUCGUCAUAUGCUUUACCAUGAUUCGUGGUAGGCAUCGUGGAUUACCGUAUGCCCUCGAUCGUGCCGUCACUCUGCCGAUCGACCGGCUGGCCGAGCGUGAUGAGGAGACCGACCUGGGGAAGCAAGCGAAGGGGGCGUGGAAGGCGCAGGGGAGGAAGAUGGUGAAGGCCUACACGCAAUGACCCAUGGAGGCGUGCUCGAUUAAGCAGAGGAAAAGAGGGCUUAAGCAAACAGCACCAAGACGUGG